UUCCCGUUUUCUUACUUUCUUGCCCCUUCUUCUCUCACUCUCCGGCGAAAUCGCCGGCGAGUUUUUGACACUUCCGUCGUCUUCUCAGAUCUUGUUCUAUCCAUUAAAACCAAAGAAAUGGAAGGUCAUAAAGAACCAUUGUGGCUAAGAGUUGAAGGAUCACAUUGUUCCUUAUCAGAGAUGGACGAUUUCGAUCUAACUCGGGCUUUGGAGAAGCCGAGGCAGCUAAAGAUUGAACGGAAGAGAUCAUUUGAUGAAAGAUCAAUGAGCGAGUUAUCAACUGGCUAUGCAAGACAAGACAGCAUUUUAGAAAUGGCUCAUUCUCCUGGUAGUAGGUCAAUGGUGGAUACUCCUCUCUCUGUUAGGAACUCGUUCGAGCCUCAUCCGAUGGUUGCUGAGGCUUGGGAAGCUUUGAGAAGGUCAAUGGUGUUCUUUCGUGGUCAACCCGUUGGUACCAUUGCAGCUUAUGACCAUGCCUCUGAGGAGGUCUUGAACUACGAUCAGGUGUUCGUGCGAGACUUUGUACCGAGUGCAUUGGCGUUUCUGAUGAAUGGAGAGCCAGAUAUAGUGAAAAACUUCUUGCUCAAGACACUUCAGCUUCAAGGUUGGGAGAAACGGGUUGACCGGUUCAAGCUCGGGGAAGGCGUUAUGCCAGCGAGCUUCAAGGUGCUUCAUGAUCCAGUCCGUAAAACCGACACGAUUGUUGCGGAUUUCGGGGAAAGCGCUAUAGGAAGAGUAGCACCGGUGGAUUCAGGAUUUUGGUGGAUCAUACUUCUCCGUGCUUACACGAAAUCUACGGGAGAUUUGACUCUUUCUGAGACACCAGAGUGUCAGAGGGGAAUGAGGCUUAUACUCUCGCUCUGCUUGUCCGAAGGGUUUGACACUUUCCCUACGCUGCUUUGUGCUGACGGUUGUUCUAUGGUUGAUAGGAGAAUGGGUGUUUAUGGAUAUCCAAUAGAGAUUCAAGCUCUGUUUUUCAUGGCGCUGAGAUGCGCCUUAUCGAUGCUUAAACCUGACGAGGAAGGUAGAGAGUUCAUAGAAAGGAUUGUGAAGAGACUUCACGCGCUGAGUUUCCAUAUGCGCAGUUACUUUUGGCUCGACUUUCAGCAACUCAACGAUAUCUACAGGUACAAGACGGAGGAGUACUCACACACGGCGGUGAACAAAUUCAACGUAAUGCCGGACUCGAUACCAGAUUGGGUUUUCGACUUCAUGCCUCUUCGUGGAGGAUACUUUGUCGGCAAUGUAAGCCCGGCCCGUAUGGAUUUUAGGUGGUUUUCCUUAGGAAAUUGUGUCUCUAUCCUUUCUUCUCUAGCAACUCCGGAUCAGUCAAUGGCCAUUAUGGACCUCCUCGAGCACCGUUGGGAGGAGCUAGUUGGCGAGAUGCCUCUCAAGAUUUGUUACCCUUGCAUUGAGAGCCACGAGUGGCGGAUUGUAACCGGCUGUGAUCCCAAGAACACUAGGUGGAGCUACCACAAUGGCGGAUCUUGGCCAGUAUUGUUGUGGACGCUGACAGCGGCAUGCAUCAAGACAGGCCGGCCUCAAAUCGCGAGACGCGCGAUUGAUCUAAUUGAAUCUCGGCUACACCGAGAUUGCUGGCCGGAAUACUACGAUGGUAAGCAAGGAAGAUACGUUGGAAAACAGGCCAGGAAAUACCAGACUUGGUCGAUCGCGGGUUACUUGGUUGCGAAGAUGAUGCUUGAAGAUCCUUCACAUAUCGGAAUGAUCUCUCUUGAAGAAGACAAACAGAUGAAACCUGUUAUCAAGAGAUCUGCUUCAUGGACUUGCUGAAUUUUGUUUUCUUGCUUUCUUGUUUUGUAUUAUCUUGUCAUCAAGAUUAAGAGUUGCAAAAGACCUUUAUUCAGCGAGAGAAUAGUUCUGUUUGCACUUCUCUUUGAUCCACCUAUGAUUUAUUUUCACUCGAGGCAUAACAUAAUCUCUUCCUAGAUCAAAGAAAAAAUCUUGAAAAAUAUAAUCAAAUUAGAUUU